ACAUCACAUUCAGUUUGUGAAUUAGACACUCUUUCAUCUAGCCCAUUCCUCUCUCGAUCACAAACGAAUAAGAAAGCGUAAAGAUGUCUGGCAAGCAAGAAGGAGUCAACAUCGAGAGCCUCAGCGCUCAACAACUUACCGCCGUCAAGCAGCAGCUAGAUGAGGAGGUCGAGCACCUGACGGCCUCGUACACGCAGCUAGCUGCGGCGCAGGCCAAGUUCAAAGAGUGCUUGCGAAUUGUGCAGACAGGAAGCAGUUCUUUUGAUGACAACAAAGACAUUCUCGUGCCCCUCACCAACUCCCUCUACGUCAAGGGCAAGCUCUCCAACCCCGACCGCGUGAUCGUCGAUGUUGGUACUGGGUUCUACGUCGAAAAGGACACCAACAGUGCCACUGAUUUCUACGAUGCUAAGGUCAAGGAACUUGGCACCAACAUUCAGAACUUGGAAGCCAUUGUCCAGGGAAAGACUAACAACCUCCGCGUGGUGGAAGAAGUCUUGAGGCAGAAGGUGCUGGCACAAGGAGCUGGACCUGCAUCGGCACAGGCAUAGUGGAGGAUCUGACUUGUUAUUGUGUGAUUGAGCGAAGCAAAAAAAAACGACAAAAAUAAAACUUGGGCACAGCUACUUGGUGUAUGUCCUCGAUCUCCU